AUGGCGGUGCUGGGCUCAUCCCUCCAUACCUGUUAUGCAAGCUCCCACUGUGUGCAAGGCAACCUCUACUACCAGGAGAUGAAAGCUUACCAAAAUUUGAAGAAAGGCUUCUGUGUCCACCAGGUAACCAGUGAAAAAAUGAUGCAGGGCCCAGCAUGA